AUGGACCUUACCUUUUUGAACAACGACAACUAUCAUUCACCUGGAUCAAGAAUAAGUAAACGAAGACGGGGAAAGGUUGCCUUAAUGGCCUGCAACAGAUGUAAAGCCUUAAAGAGAAGAUGUGAUGGGAACUUUAAUGGGGAAAGAAACUGCUUUAACUGUGAGAAAAUAGGAUUAUUGUGUGAGUUUGAUGAAAGGAAGAAUCCGAACUAUGUAAAACUCCUUGAAGACAAAGUAAGAUCUAUGAAUAACACCAUCAAAGAACUUGAGAAACCUCAGAAGACUUUUGAAGUCGACUAUGAUAAUAGUUUAAUACAAUGUGCGGCCUCCAUUCCUUUAAAAGAUGAAUCUGAACCAGCUUACAUUGGGUCAUCUGGUUUAAGUGUCACAACUUUAUUGCAAAGUUGCUUGAUCAGUGAGGCAUGUAAAGACUCUGCUGGUACUGAAUCUUACUGUAUUGAUGAAGUAAGCUCUAGUAACAAUUCCGCUCAAAUAUUUGACCAAGUUAAGGAGCUACUAAAAGAUAACGAACUAGUUACAAGUUAUUUUGAUAACUAUUUUUCUAUAAUUCAUAAAAGAUAUCCCUUCCUUCAAAAGUCUUACAUGAAGAAUCUCCAUGAUAGCAGGUUUCGCCUAUUUUAUGACUCCAAUAUUAUUACCAAAACUUUGGCCGUGAGCAACUUUCAACUCCUAUUGGACAAGUUUACCUUGAUUAUGAUCUAUGGGAUUGGGGCAAGGUUGAAAUCCGACAUCAAGAGCAUGCAUAGCAAUAGAACGAGCGAACCUCACCAUUUAUUAUUCUACAAGUAUGCACUUGGUUUGAAUUUAUAUGUGAUUUUACUGUCUAGGAGUAUUUCUAACAUUCAGUCCAUCUUGCUCUUGGUGGUAUACCAAUUAAGAUUUCCAAAUGGACCCGUUAUAUGGUAUUUGGUUGGCUCUGCCCUAAGGUUAUGCGUAAAUUUUGGUCUUCACCGGAGAAACUUGAGUCUCUUCAGACAAGAUCCUUACUCGUAUAUAAACCGAUGUCGGACAUUUUGGUCAGCAUAUUCUUUAGAGAGGAUCAUUUCUAAUAGUUUUGGAAGACCCUUUUCACUUAGCGACAGAGAUAUCGACAUAGACCUACCUAUUAAUAUCGAUGAUCAAAUUACUGAUGCACCUUCUAUCAAAGCUAAGUUCUACGAGACCUACCCGCACUAUAACAUUGAAGGGUUCCAAACGUCUCAAAUAAAAAAUCCAGAAACUCGUACUUCAGAUUCAUUGGCUAUUCAAUACUUCAAGUUAAGAAAGAUCGACAGUAGGAUUCAGAGUAUAAUAUAUCGAGUAGACGAAGAUUUUGAAAAUAUUCCAAGAAGAGAAAUCACAAAGUUACAGCAAGAAAUGAGGACAUGGAUAAACGAAUUACCACCAUUCUUGACUGAUUAUGAAUACGACUAUUGUCUAUACCUAUACCACAAGCAGAUUAGAAGUUUGAUGCAGCCAUUUUUAAAUAAGUUAACCUCAGAUGAUACUUUAUUUAUUGAUUGUAUGCAAAGUUCAAUAAUUGUUUGCAAAUUAAGUAGAAAGAUUCAUCAAACUACCAAUUAUUUUCUUUCAUUUGUGAGUUUGCAGACCAUUUUUUUAGCGGGAAUUUCUAUAAUUUACGGUUUGCUUUUUAAGAAAUUGUCUUGGGAUUUUGAAGUGAGCGAAGGAUUAAGGAACUGUACUACAAUAUUAGUUUUAAUCGCAGAAAGAAGUCCUAGUUGUCAUAGGUACAGAGAUAUCGUCGAAAAAUUAUUAGAUAAGGUUAGCGUUACGAGAAAUGCCACUGACGUGCGACUGGAAUUACAGGGACAAGCGAAAGACAAAUUACCUGACUCUACUUACUAUGGCCAAGGUAGUUCCAGUUUCAAUGAAUCCUUCUCCAAGUCAACUGGUGGUAAUGUCCCUUCUGAAACUGGUUGGUUAGAUACAAAAAAGUCUGAUACUAAAGACAAUCGUUCUCAUAUUGAAGGAAACUUGAAUCGUUUUAAUGAGAUCACGAAAGCUAUAGAGAAGGAGGAAAUGUCCGAGCUCGAUCGCAUAUUUGACUUCUCGAAUCUAGAUGAACUCUUCUAUAGACUUGGAGGCGUAAAGACCUCUCACUCUGACUGGGGUAUUGAAUUCUUAUAA